UGGAUUUUCUCAAACCUGAGCGCGCCAAGAAAAGUUGAAAGAAGCCACGUUUAUAAAAGUCAUGCGUAAAAAUAACAUUGGCCAAGACAACCGUCAUUGCCGGAACGGUGAAAUGUAAAAGUUGGUGAGGUAGCCAUUCUUUUGUGCACCCCUCUCUAUCGGGGCGCUCUGGAUCUAUUUUUUCUCUGGGAAAGCGGAUCUUUAUAAAAUCAUCAUUCCAUGUGACUCUCGCCUCAGCCCCUGUCAUCCAGUCUAGACAAUUCGCCGUCGCUUUGAGAGUCCCUGGCGUGACCAUGACAACCACAAUCAACCCAAAGUGCAUGUGGGGAAAAUAGUGACACCGGAGAGUGGGUGAAUUUAGUUUUUCCGUUUUGUUUUGUGCUGUUUUGGUUGAGCCGAAAAUUUGUUCUUAUUUAUUUUUUACAAAGAGACACCCUUUGCGUUCUACAAUAUUGCAUCAGCAAGCAAACCUAAGAGGCAUAUUGCUAAGGAUCCCUAAAAAAGAAACGUCAUUCAAACCCGACGUGGUCUAUUAAAAGUAUCAUCUUGCUCGUCUACUUCAACUAUUUAUGAAGCCCCCGGCUACUCAUGUCAAAGAGCACAGUAGCUGUGAAAAUCAAUAAAUAUUUAGGCUAAUACACCAGAAUAGCCUUUACGCAAACAAUAUAAAUAUGGCCUUCUCAAAGACACUACUAGUUUAUGUACUGGUAUCCAUUCACCUUGGAGAUUCGCAACAUUAUCUACGCCUGCGCCCCUCGCCCAGCGAGCAUCUUCCCGUGCCAGUCCUCAAGGAGGACCCCGACCCGGAAUACGACCCCAGGGAACAGGACUUGGCCGAGAGGAAUCUGCGGAAAAAGCUUGGCAGCAACUUUGAUCCCAACUUUAUGUCCAUCAGCUCGCCCAUGCUGGUGAAUCUCUCCGUACAAGACACCCAGAUGAAACUGCAAGGACCCAUGCCAAACGAGAUUAAAAAACUGGAUAUCUCAGAGGCCCCCUACGGGAAGCGGGUAAAAUUGGGAAAGAAAGCCCGCAGGAAAUUUCUGCAGUGGUUGUGGACGUAUACGCACUGUCCGGUGGUGUAUACCUGGAAGGAUUUGGGCGUGAGGUUCUGGCCACGCUACAUCAAGGAGGGAAACUGCUUCAAUGAGCGAUCUUGUUCCUUCCCCGAGGGGAUGUUUUGCAAACCUACCAAGUCAAUCACCAAGACUUUUCUCCGGUGGUAUUGUCAAGGGUUUUUAAGACAGAAAUAUUGUACGUGGAUACCGGUGCAAUAUCCAAUCAUCUCAGAGUGUAAGUGCUCUUGCUGAGUUUCAAUGGAAGUAGAAGGGUUGGGAAGUGGAUUGGAAAUAUGCGGUUUCUAUUGCACUGUAAACUCUGAACAGAGGUGGGCACCAUAGCGAAUCUAUUUUUUUAUAUCGCAUUUGAAUUAAAAUGCCAACAUUGUACAUAUUUAAGAAAGAUGCAGCUAUUUUUUUGUUAAUGAACAGGACCAUAUUUUAUUUCAUCCCUGAAACGUGUUUUUGGAUGAACCCAAGCACUUCAGAAAGAAGAGCUUUUAUUUUUUAUGGAAAAUGUAAGAUGGAACGCAUAUAACUUCUCCAAGAAGUUCACUUUUUUCAACUGAACAUUGAUGCUGACUGUUAUUUCACUGCAAUGCUGCCUAGAGUUUUGUAUGAUAUUAAUAUCAAUAAUAAUUCAAAUGAAAGUUGAGGAUAUAUAUAUAAAGGCGUGAACUCAGCUUUUGGAAUAUUGUAGAAAAAACAAAUCUGUACGGUUUAUUUAUUACUUUAACGAUUGUGAGUAUAGAACAUAAGCAGAGAAAAUAGCAGAGUAUACCAGAAAUUAUGGGAGAUGUCUACUUGAAUAUUUCAUUUUUUUUAAAUAAAAAGUUAACAUAUCAGUGUACAUGUUAUGGUUACACGUUUUAGCAAUAAAGUCAAUAUUUUCAACAUGUA